GAAGUACGUCACUGCGCCGACGCGGGAAACACACGAUUGAGUGCGUGCAGUCAAUACAAACCGGAACUUCUGUUUACGUGGCGUUUACUGCUUUAUUUAUCCUGUGUGAGGCUACAAGUCGAAGCACUGGUCCAAAAUGUCUAAGAUUGAAAAGAUGAGUAUCCUGGGAGUAAGAAGUUUUGGAGUUGAGGAUAAAGACAAACAAGUGAUCACCUUCUUCAGCCCUCUGACGGUCCUUGUGGGACCUAAUGGAGCUGGAAAAACGACCAUCAUUGAGUGUCUCAAGUACAUCACUUCAGGAGACUUUCCACCAGGAAGCAAAGGAAACACAUUUGUCCAUGAUCCCAAAGAUGCUCAUGAGACAGAUGUACGAGCACAGAUCAGACUCCAGUUUAGAGACGUGAAUGGCGAUCCUGUGGCAGUCCAGAGGUCUAUGCAAAGCACACAGAAGGGCAAGAAAACGGAGUUCAAAACUCUUGAGGGUGUCAUUACAAGAGUCAAGCAUGGAGAGAAAGUGAGCCUGAGCUCUAAAUGUGCUGAAAUGGACCGUGAGAUGAUCUCAGCUCUGGGCGUCUCCAAGGCUGUUAUCAACCAUGUCAUCUUUUGCCACCAAGAGGAGUCCAACUGGCCUCUCAGUGAAGGAAAGGCCCUCAAGCAGAAGUUUGAUGAGAUUUUCUCAGCCACAAGGUACAUAAAGGUAUUGGAGACCCUGCGGGUGCUGAGGAUGAAGCAGACCAGCACUGUCAAAACCUGCCAGAUGGAGCUCAAGUACCUGAAACAGAACAAAGAUAAAGCCCAAGAGAUUAGAGAGCUGCUGUCCGCUAAAGAGGCUCAGCUGUCUUCCUCUAAAGAGAGCGUCCAACGCAUCGAGAGUCAGAUUGACCCACUGGAGAAUCGACUGUGUGACAUAGACAGCAGCCUCAGCAAAGUGAUGAAGUUGGAUAAUGACAUCAAAGCUCUGGACAGCAGGAAGAAACAGAUGGAGGAUGAUAACCGGGAACUAGAGGAAAAGAUGGAGCAGGUGUUUCAGGGCUCAGAUGAUCAGCUGCAGGACAUGUAUCAGAACCACCAGAGGACUGUGAAGGAGAAGGAACGUAGACUUACGGAGUGCCAGCGUGAGCUUGAACGGGCUGGCCGAGAGUGCCAGAGGAUGAACCGCAUCAAAUCUGAACUGCUAGUUGAGCAAGGCCGUCUGCAGUUGGAGGCAGAUAGGCACACACAAAACAUUAAAAAGAGGGACACCCAGGUCAAGAGUUUAGCAUCUUCCCUGGAGUUGGAGGGUUAUGACCGGGCCCCUCUUAACGAGCGACAGCUCCAGAGCUUCCACAGACAAGUCAAAGAGAGACUGGACCAGGACUCAGAGGCACUCAACCGAACUAUGCAUGAUAUGCAGGAGAAAGAGGCACAGAAGCAGCAAAGCAUCGAUGAUCUCCGAGAUAAGAAGACUGGUCUAGAGAGAACCAUUGAGCUGAAAAGAGACAUACAGGCCAAGAAACAACAGGAACUGAAAAACAUCAAGUCUGACCUCCAAAGACUGGAGGGCUCCUCAAGCAGACUACAGGAGCUGGACACUGAACUUCAGAAAGUGGAGCGUGAGCUUGAUAAUGCCGUACAGGCCUGUACGGUGGACAGUCUAAAGAUGGAAAAAGAGGAGCAAGUGAGGAAGAUCAAGUCGAGACAUAAUGAAGAGCUGGUGUCUCUGCUGGGACACUUCCCAAGCAAGAAAGAGCUACAAGACUGGAUCUACUCCAAAACCAAAGAGAUCAACUCCACCAGAGAACGGCUCAGCAAAAUGAAUAAGGAGCUUGCAUCUGGAGAACAGAAGAAGACUCACUUUACUGCAGAAAUCAAACACAAAGAAGAGCAGCUGGCCAGUUAUGAAGAGAGACUUUUUAAUGUGUGUGGCAGUCAGGACUUUGAAUCAGACUUGAACAAACUGAAGGAUGAGUUGGAGAAGUGUUCCAAACAGAGAGCCAUGCUGGCGGGGGCGACAGCCGUGUACAGUCAGUUCAUCAGUCAGCUGACGGAGGAGGGCGAGCCCUGCUGUCCUGUAUGUCAGCGUGUGUUCCCAUCAGAGGCAGAGCUCCAGGACGUCAUUAAUGACAUGCAGUCCAAGCUGCGGCUCGUCCCGGACAAACUAAAGAACACUGAGCAUGACCUGAAGAGGAAGGAGCAUAGGCGUGAUGAAAUGAUCGCACUGAAGCCAAUCAGGCAGUCUAUAGCAGAGCUCCAGGAGAAAGAGCUGCCAGAGCUCAGAAAUAAACUCCAGCGUGUGAAUCGAGACAUUGAGAAGCUGAAAGGCGACACUGAGGAGCAGGAGACACUGCUCUGCACACUGAUGUCUGAGGAAGAAACAGCCAAGGCCUGUCUGCAGGACAUAUCACUCAUGGAUCGCUAUCAGCUUGACCUGAAGGAUGUAGAGAGGAAGAUCGCUCAACAUGCAGCCAAGCUGCAGGGAGUUGACCUCAGCCGUACCAUGCAGCAGGUCAGCCAGGAGAAACAAGAGACCCAACACCACCUGGACACCACCUGCAGUAAGAUCGAGCUGAAGAGGAAACUGAUCCAGGACCAACAGGAUCAGAUCCAGGCCUUGAGGAGCAGUGUAAAUGAGAUUCGUGGAGAAAAGCUCCAGAUCUCCAGCAAUAUGCAGAAACGUCAACAGUUGGAGGAGCAGUGUGUGGAGUUCUCCACUGAGAUCCAAACACUCCACAGAGACAUUCGAGAUGCAAAGGAGCAGGUGUCUCCUCUAGCUGCCACUCUGGAGAAGUUCCAGCAGGAGAAACAGGACCUUGCUGAGCGCAGGAGGCAGAAACAGGAGGAAGGACAGGAAAAGAUCAAUGCAAUCAAGGAAAAAGUUAAAAACUUGACCCUCCUUGAAAGAGAGAUUACCAAGUACAUAGAAGAUGGCAAAGACAGCUACAAAGAGCAAAAAGAAACUGAGCUACAAGAGGUAGACAAACAACUACAUGAGGCUGAAAAGCAGCGAGAGAAGAUCAAUAAAGACAUGGGCAACAUUCGACAAGAUAUUGACACUCAGAAGGUUCAAGAGCGCUGGCUACAGGACAACUUGACCUUACGGAAGCGCGUGGAGGAGCUGAAAGAGGUGUCCAGGAAACAUGAAGACUUACUUAAAGAGAUGGGCAACAUGCAAGUUCUGCAGCUGCGCAAUGAGCGGCGAGAAGUGGAGCGAAAGUUGGAGGACCUGAAAAAGAACCGCAGUGUGGCUCUCGGUCGUCAGAAAGGCUACGAGGACGAGAUCCUUCGUUUUCGGAAAGAGCUCAGUGAGGACCAAUAUUGCCGGGCCGAGGAUCUCUACAGAGACAAAAUGAUUGUGAUGAGAACAACAGAGUUGGCCAAUAAGGACCUGGACAUCUACUAUAAAGCCCUAGACCAAACAAUAAUGAAGUUUCACAGCAUUAAGAUGGAGGAGAUUAAUAAAAUCAUCAGAGAUUUAUGGCGGAGCACAUACAGAGGACAAGACAUUGAGUAUGUGGAGAUACGCUCUGAUGUGGAUGAAAACGCCUCUGCUGGCCUGAAAAGAAGGACCUAUAACUAUAGAGUAGUUAUGGUCAAAGGAGACACUGCUUUGGACAUGCGUGGACGUUGCAGUGCUGGACAAAAGGUUCUCGCCUCUCUCAUAAUACGGUUGGCUCUGGCUGAGACGUUCUGUCUGAACUGUGGGAUUCUGGCACUGGAUGAGCCCACCACCAACCUAGACAGAGAGAACAUAGAGUCUUUGGCACACGCACUGGUGGAGAUAAUCAAGAGUCGUUCUCGGCAGCGUAACUUCCAGCUUCUUAUCAUCACCCACGACGAGGAUUUUGUGGAGCUCCUGGGACGAUCCAACUAUGUGGAGCAUUUCUACAGGAUCAGGAAGAACCAAGACCAGUGUUCAGAGAUCACGAAGUGUAGCAUCAACACUCUCAACUCCUACCUGCACUGAUGCAUCAGAUCUGAUGAGAGAAGAAAGACUGUUAGUCUACAGAGGUGACAGAAUCAAAGUUCAGUUUUUGAACAUUUGUUAAGCAUGAUCUAAACAAAAGGCUUACCAGCCUUCCUGUACCGACCUACUAAAAGUGUAUGUUGGCCUACUUGUAAAUUUAGUUGACUUCUUUCAGAAAUAUAUAUAUA